AUGGAAGAACAAAGCGAGUUCAAAUUCCCAGCAUUCCCAUACAAACCCUAUUCGAUUCAGAUCGAUUUCAUGAACGCUCUCUAUGAUUCUCUCAAUAAAGGAGGCAUCGCCAUGCUCGAAAGCCCCACCGGGACUGGGAAAACCCUAAGUAUCAUUUGCAGUGCUCUGCAAUGGCUGGUUGACAGAAAGAGACAACCAAAGUCCGAUGCUACAGCUGAUUUGUGUUUGAAACCAAAAUAUGUUGAUCAAUCUGCUUCAGAUGAUGAACCUGAUUGGAUGAGAAGCUUUGUGAUGAACAAAGACAAUGAAGUAUCACCAGAGAAGAAGGUCAAGGAGAAGAAGAAACUAGGGUUUAGAUCAAAGAAAAACAUUAAGAAAGAAAAUCAAGAACGUUUUAGAGACAUAUUUACUCAUACAGAAGAGGAGGAAGACACUGAUAACAAAGAGAAGAAUAAUUUGAAGGAGAAAAAUGGGGCAGAGGUAUUGGUGGGUGAGGAGUUUUUAGUGGAAGAAUAUGAGAGUGAGGAGGAAGGCCGUGGGCAACCGAAGAGGAAGGCUGGUGGAGUUUCAAUUAGUUCGUCGAGUGAUGAGAAAGAGGAUGAAGAUAGACUCGAUGAUGAGGAGGAAGAGGCACAUUUAAAGAUUUAUUUUUGUAGCCGGACCCAUUCACAGCUAUCUCAGUUCAUAAAGGAGUUAAGGAAGACUUCACUUGCUAGUGAAUUGAAGGUUGUUUUGUUGGGCUCCAGGAAAAUGUUCUGCGUCAAUGAAGGGGUCUUGUUUUCAGAGGUGUUGAAACUUGGGAACUCCACUCGCAUAAAUGAGCAAUGUUUGGAGCUUCAAAAGAAUAAGAAAAGUGAAGUUUCUAAAAUGAAGGACUUGGGAGCUGGAGGAAGAAUACGGCGGACCAAGGCUUCCACUGGUUGUCCGAUGCUUAGAAAACAUAAACUACAGAGACAGUUUAGGAGUGAAAUCUCUCAACAAGAGCCUCUGGAUAUUGAAGAUCUUGUACAUCUUGGAAGAAGGAUUGAAACGUGCCCUUAUUAUGGCUCUAGAAGCAUGGUUCCCACAGCUGAUCUUGUGGUUCUUCCCUAUCAAUCUCUCCUUUCAAAAUCAUCUCGUGAAUCACUUGGUUUAGAUUUAAAGAAUAAUAUUAUUAUUAUAGACGAGGCUCACAAUCUAGCUGACUCUCUCAUCAGCAUGUAUGACUCGAAAAUUACUUCUUCACAGGUAAAUAGUACCCUCACAUUUAGAAAAUUACUUCUUCACUNCAGUGCUCUGCAAUGGCUGGUUGACAGAAAGAGACAACCAAAGUCCGAUGCUACAGCUGAUUUGUGUUUGAAACCAAAAUAUGUUGAUCAAUCUGCUUCAGAUGAUGAACCUGAUUGGAUGAGAAGCUUUGUGAUGAACAAAGACAAUGAAGUAUCACCAGAGAAGAAGGUCAAGGAGAAGAAGAAACUAGGGUUUAGAUCAAAGAAACACAUUAAGAAAGAAAAUCAAGAACGUUUUAGAGAAAUAUUUACUCAUACAGAAGAGGAGGAAGACACUGAUAACAAAGAGAAGAAUAAUUUGAAGGAGAAAAAUGGGGCAGAGGUAUUGGUGGGUGAGGAGUUUUUAGUGGAAGAAUAUGAGAGUGAGGAGGAAGGCCGUGGGCAACCGAAGAGGAAGGCUGGUGGAGUUUCAAUUAGUUCGUCGNGCAGAGGUAUUGGUGGGUGA